CCACCAACUGCCCAGAGGCAGGCUGGCUCUCAGGGCUGGGGGAUGCCAGGGCUGGGGGAGGCCCCUGAGAGGCCAUAAGACUGGAGCUGAGGCCCAGGUGAGAGGCAGGGAGGCCUGAGGCAGGCAGGAACUAUGGGGUGGCUUAGGGCUGGGCUGAAGAUGAGGGUGACGCCCAAGGAUGACUCCCAGGCUUCUGCUGGAGCAUUUUCGGGAACACCGCAGGAAGAUCAGCAUUUCCAGAAGGAUAAUGAGUAUUUUCCAGCUUGGCUUAGCAAGUCCAGGGCCCCAUAGGGCGUUCAAAAGAGCUGUCCAGGGCCCAGAGGCAAUAUAGUGCAACGGUGACAAUUCUGGGCUCUGGGGACAGACUCAGCACGUUCAGGUCCUGGUUCCACUUAACCGGCUGUGUGACCUUAGUCAGGCAAUUUCACCUCUCUGGGCCCCAGUGUCCUCUGCAUGAUGGGGCGAUAGCGCAGAUACCUCAUCGGGUCCUUGGGAAGGUUAAAUGAGUAAAUUCGUGAAUGUCCCGAGCACCCAGUAGGUGCUCAGUGCAUAGCAGCUGUUGCUACUUGAGUAUUAAUAACUCAGGUCGCAAUCAGUCAGUUGCAGCGGUAGCAAGGGCCCAGAGAGGCCAGCCAGGGUGCACAGGAGGAGGGUCCCCUGGGGGAGCUGCCUGGAGCUCGGCCUCCUCUCCCGUCUUCGCCCAGGGGGGUCUUGGGAGCGGUGACCAUAAAAUUCAGGACCAGCCGCAGAGGUCUCAGAGUGCAGGGCAGACGACGAAGAAGGACCGGAGGCUCAGGGGCCGGAACAAGAAAAGCCAAGGCUCUGCUGAGGCCGAGGAGUAAGCCGUUCUCCUCCACUCUCCUCGGAAACCCUCCUUCCCCUUCCAGUGGGCCUGGGAGAGCUUCGCCGAAGAUGGCCAGGCUCUGCUUCAGCCUGGCUCCGCCUCGGCCCCUGGCCACCAAGCCCUGCCCUCGCCCCCAGGGGUCACCCGGCCCAGGGCCAGGCACUCGUCGGCGGCCAGCCUCCCAGAGGCUCAUGACUUCUGCUGGGAGACGGAGGUGCCCAGCCUGGAGAAGAGACAGCAGCCUGGGGCCCUCAGCGGCCUCCUCAGGCCCCCAGGCAAAGGGGCGGGCCAGGCUCGGGAGCCCCCUGGGGAGUGCGGCUCAAAAUGGGCCCUGGAGUCCGAGGAGGCCGCUGAGCUGGAAGGCCCAGGUGCUGAGGAGGCCAAGAGGGGUCUGAGCCCUGGGGAACUGCCCCAGCUCCUCAGAAGGGGGGCGAUCUUGGAGGAGGAGCAGUUUGCAGAGGAGGCUGAAGAGGGGGAGCCCAGGACCCCCCCAGGAAGGAGGGCUGGUUCUCGAAGGAAGGGGCAGAAUUCCGGUGAGGAGACCUCAGACGAGCACCAACUGCAGUGCCAGACGGGCAGCCCCAGUGCCAACAGCCUCCGAGGACCGCAGAGGAGGAAAUCAAGGGCCCAGGAGCUGGAGGGUCUGCGGGACCCGGAGAGGCUGCGGAGGCAGUGGCAGCAGGAGUUGGACUGUGGCCUCAGAAAACAGCCCUGGAAGGCUCUGCGGACAGCUGUUCAGGCCUCCAGCUGGAGUGAGAAAGCCCACACCUUGCGAGAUGAUGAGACUUUCCUGUUUGCCAACUUCCCCAACCGCACCUUCCACAAACGGCAGGAGGCCACCAGAAGCCUCCUGCGGGCCUGGGAGAGGCAACAGCUGGAAGAGCUGCAGCAGGCCGAGCUGCGGCGGGCCCGGGAGCAGCGGGUACAGCAGCAGGUGGCUCGCUGCCUGGCAGCCUAUGCGCCCAGAGGGAGCCGGGGGCCAGGGGCUGCCCAGCGCAAGCUGGAGGAGCUGAGGCGCCAGGAGCGACAGCGCUUUGCUGAGUACAAGGCAGAGUUACAGGGCAUCCAGCACAGGGUGCAGGCCCGGCCCUACCUGUUCCAGCAGGCCAUGCAGGUCAAUGCCCGGCUCACGGUGACGCGGCGCUUCUCCCAGGUGCUGUCGGCACUGGGACUGGAUGAGGAGCAGCUGCUGGCUGAGGCAGGAAAGGGGGACAGAGAAGGUGCCCCCAGGAAACCCAGGAGCCACAGGUCAGUGGGGGCAAGAAUGCAGGACUCUUCUCAGAGCCCCACGAAGACAGGAUCCACCGGCAGCCAGCCUGAUAAGCACUCUAACUCAAGCUUAGGCCAGGAGUCUGGUGUCUAAGAUUAAAAUUAAAAAUAAAAUUAAA